AUGUCAUACAACAAUUCAAGCUACCGUCCAAGGUCUGGUGACCACUACGUACCGAGAGAUAGAUCGAGGUCACAACAAAGUUAUCAAAACUACGAUUCAUCAAGAGGUGGUGGCGCUGGUACCACCUACAAUAAAUAUCAAAAUCGAAACUACAACAGACCAUCGCCUACUACAGCAGCACCACGAACUCCCUACAGAUCCGGAACAGCAUACAAGCCACCUUCUUCAUCGUCAUUCCAAUCUAGGCAAAAUGUAUAUAAUCAAUACGGGUCAAGAUAUACUGCCACUGACAAACAAUUUCAAUUAUGGAUGGGUGAUUUAGAUCCAACAUGGACAGAAGAAACCAUUGAACAAAUAUGGACGUCAUUAGUUGAGAAGCCAGUCUCAGUGAAAAUAAUUCGAGAUAGAUUCAAUACCUCUAAGAUUCCAUAUUGUUUUGUUACUUUCAAUAGUCAGAAUGCCGUAGAUUUGGCUGUUCAACGACAUGCACAACAAGUUCCAGGUUCGUCAAGGACGUUUAAAUUGAAUCAUGCAGGUAGCAGUGGUGCUGGAGGCAGUCAACAAUCUUUUAAUAGAGGAAGUGGAGCUUCUGGUUCUGCUGCUGGUGGUUCUCAGAAUGAUUAUUCGAUGUUUGUUGGUGAUAUCUCAUUUGAAGUAACUGAUGUUUUAUUAUUUGAUAAGUUUAAUUCUAAAUUCCCUAAUCAAAUUAAACUGGCAAGAGUGAUCAUGGAUCCUAAUACAGGAAAGAGUAAAGGUUUUGGUUUCGUUAGGUUUUUCUCAUCUGAAGCAUUCAAUAAGGCACUUGUAGAUAUGAAUGGUGUUACGAUUGGUUCCAAACAAAUUAGAGUAGGCGUUGCAUCGAGUUCUUUAAAUGAAACCACCCAAUCAAGUACUUCUGCGGCACUGAAAUUGGAUUAUAGAAGAAUACAAGUACCUCAACCUCAACCGGAAUUUAAUCAAUUUACUGACCCUAAUAAUACCAGUUUAAUUAUUCGUGGUCUAUCAUCUAAAGUAACAGAGAAAGAACUCGAACAGCAUUUUAUUGCAUUUGGGGAUUUAAUCUAUUGUCAAAUUUCUGAUGAUUUAAAAACGGGAUAUAUAAAAUACUAUUCAAGGUCGUCUGCCGAGACAGCUGUUAUGUGGUUGCAUGGUCAAAUGAUUAAUGAUUGUCGAUUGAAGAUAAGUUGGGGUAAAUCUGUUCCAGUCGAAGGUGAGAAGGUAAAAUAUGCACCAAGUUCGGAUAGGAGUACUCUGUAUGAGAAGUCAACACCGGCACCACUACUUUUCCAUUCUAGUGGUGACUACUAUCAUAAUUACAGAUUGGAUACUUUAGAUAAAGAUGAAAUCCAACAAUUCUCGCAAUGUCGUGAUGGAAGUGAGACGGUUUCAACCAAUGAAAUUAAUGAAUUAUAUACCAAAUCUAAAAUCUAUAGGGAACAACUUUUUGAAUCUUCUAUUUAUUAG